AAGAAAAAAAAGAAAAAAUCGAAAUCAAACAAACGUUGAAAAUAUCAUUUAUUUUCGUUUACACGAUCUUUCAUCCUCGAAAUGGAUCGAUCCACCCCACACACUCCCACUCUCUGCACACACAAGACGAAACGAUGGAAUGGACGCGCGCGAGCAAUCGAAAAAACGGACAAACGGACAAAAGCAACUCCGCUGUAACGGAGAGUUGGGCGCGAACUCUCCAUUGGAUUUGAAAGGCAGCCAAGUUGAGAACCGGUUUUCCAAAUUCGAGCGAGGAAAAUGUUCGCCAAACAAACGAAAACGGGUGUAUCCAUCGAAAGUGUAUCUCGUCGAGGAUUAUCAUUCGCGUGUAACGGAAAGGAAGAGCGUCUUUUAGGGGAUUCGUUUCUUAACUUAGAGAAAAAAUUCUCUUUUUCCUUUCUCACGAGUGCUUUCUUCGAGAUACCGGACCGAAGCUAAACCCUGGGGAUAAUUGCGUGGCCGUGGCAAAACUUUCGAGCAUAAUCGGGCCGCUUCCUCGACUUGGCGCGCUCGUUUAUCCGGAAUAUAAUCCGGCGGGAAACCGGAAGGGAUUCCGACAAAGCCGAGCCGAAAAUUUUUCCCCUCUCCCGACGAUAUUUUUCGUUCGAUGAUGAACGAAGGAGCCGGAGCGAGAAAUAAGAUUUCGCGUCGAUGAAAAUCCAACGAGAAUAAAAAGAAAAAAAGGAUUCCUUUGCGCCCGCGUUGUUAAUGGAAAAACAAUGUACAUCCCGCGUUGUAGCACGUGCCACGUCCAUUCCACGAAUAAUUGAUUCGGAGGGAGGGAGAAAAAGAGAGACGAUUAUCCUUUUCUCUUCCAUUCCGUUCGUACAAGCGAUAUGAUCUGGCUGACUCUCGUUAUUUUGCACUGGAACAUUUGUCAAAGCGUCGCGCCAAUUCGUCCAUUUUUUUUUCUUUCUUUUUUUUAGCGAUUUUCCUGUCGAUCGAAUUGAUUCACCGCUACGAACGAAAGCAAAAAUUGCGGGAUUAGAAAUGGUGAAUAAUUGUCAGGGAUUGUUAGACACGCCUCUUUGGAAGAUUCAGAGUCAAAUUCGAAGAUAGUGUUAGUGAAAAUCGCUAUAAUGUUAUUUCUUAAAUUCCCAUUUCGACGAAUAAAUACGGAUACCAAGUACGAUGAAAUGAAAUGAAUGAAUGAAUGUCGUUUCAUCGAAACGCUUUCGAGCGUGUUCGGAUGUUGCGGAGAACGUUGUCGCCUCUGAAAUUUGUCUCUAAAAGCUGUUCCUGGAAAUCUGAUUUUAUCUCGAUGAAAUCUCGUGAAGAAAAAUGCGGGCUGGAUGGAUGGAUGGAUGGAUGGAUGGAGGUUGGAAGGUUGGCCUGAGAGCAACUGGGGCGUGAGAAUUCCGUUUUCCACGCUCGAGAACGUGGUUCAAUUUUUCAGAAACGGGCCGGACUAUGCCGUUUUAUUUAUUCAACGGACGACGUCGAAAUUAGCAUCGGCUAGCUGGGCUAGCCACCCGAAUCGGUCGAUGGAACCUCGGUCGAGUCGAUCGAUUUCCGAACAUUUCCUCGUCAAGGACACCGCAUCUCUCCACCGACAGCCACGUGUUCACUGACCUAAACCCUGACCAUCCUCUCCCUCCCCCUCGAAAAUUACACACCCCCUGAGUAAGUAAAAUUGACGGAAAGCGAGACAACGAGUAACGCGUAACGUUAAAGUACUCACGUCUUGGGCAGAGAGGAUCCUCGUGGCGGAUUGAAUGGUGGUGCCUCCCGAGUGGGGGCGAUGAUGCAAGGAUUCGGCUGUAUUGUCUCGAGAGUAUACACUCCUGUACCAGGGCAAUCCACUCGAACUGUCUCGCCUGUUUCGGUAUUUUCUCCACACGUGCCUGUAAAAAAAAAAAAAAACAAAAAAAGUCACUCUUAGAAAAAGUCACGCGUUUAAAAAACGAACGAUUUAAUAUCUAAUAUCCCGUGUAAAUAAGUACGCUCGAAAGUGGAUAUUGUCAAGAUUCUUUCCACUUUCCAUCGGAGAGAAAUUUUAAUUGAGAGAUUGGUUUGGCGUCUAUUAUAAAAGAAGAAGGAAAAGAGACGAGCGAGGAAAGUUUUCGACCAACAAAUCUGCUAAUGAAUGGUGUUCUUUGAAUCGAGAUAAAAUUAAAGAUAAGGAAAUUAACGAUACAGUAAUGUAAGAUCCAUUUUAACGAAUGGAUUAUUUUCGCGCAAGGGAAUCGUAUCGAUGCGCUUUUGCUCCAUCUCGAUUUAUUUUUGCAGAGCAUACAACACAACGAAUUAUCGCAAAUAUCUCGAGAUUGUUUCGUGAUAUCAGCUUCGGUUUCGCGAGUUUUCAAAAUAAUUUCGAACCGGUUGAACAAUCGUCGAAUAAUUCCGUCCUCGUUCCCUCCAAUCGAAUCAUCGAAUAAUCCUCUUCUCUGCAAAUUUCUCUGCAAUAACGCCGAGGAUUAUUGUUCUCCAUCCCGGUUACAGGGAAAAUUCUCAACUUGCUGCAUAUUGCUAACAAUCGGUAAACAUUUUUUUCACCACGUAAGAAUGAAAAGUACACAAUGCGUGUGGCUUAGCGCGUGAGAUUCGAUCCAAGAGUAUUAAUUAACCGGUUGAAACCAUUAAAACCAUUAUUGAAAAUUCAAAUCACCUUCGUUCGAUAAUAUGGCGUAAUCCGUAAUAAUUUAUUUUAUCCCAAAAAAGGAAACGAUUUCUUUCCAUCCCCUUGAGUGUUUAACCGUCGAUACAUCUGUAAGAAAGAUUUAGCAGCAGAAAUUUACUUUCUCAGAACGUUUAUCCACGACGGAGAUUUCACUCAGAAAAAUGAAAAUCAUCCAAACAUUCGAGAUUAAUUCUCCUUCCCUAUCGUGCCAAAUCGUGAUCCGACCUUGAUGCCUCCGACCUUCGCUUCCUUGACUCGAACCUCGUCGAGGAGCAAGGGUUGGGAGUCGCGCUUAGCUGUCGAUACAUCGUAAGGGAUUAGAGAUCACGUCGAAGUCGAGGCGACAAUCGAUCAACCGGUGAAUUUGCUGCCCACGAAUGCGAUAUAAGUGUCUUACAACCGCCAAUAGAUUUUAGACAAUGAUCGAGUCGCGCGAUCCGCAUCCGGCUUUGUCUUUAAUUAAUCAACGUCUGGGCUUUCGCUUUCGCGACACACGCAGAGAGAAAAAGAGAGAAAGAGAGAUUCUCCCCUCUUAGUCUCAGUUAUAACGCGACUAUCGUUGGUACCGUUAACCCAUUCGCUGACUUAACGGUUUUCCUCUUUGUGCGGUUAGACGCGGAUCUCGUCUCUCUCUCUCUCUCUCUCUCUCUCUCUCUCUCUCCCUCUCUCCGUCCCUUAGCGCGAUCUCUCGGCCCACAGUUACGAAUUUAGAGACCGAGAAACGGUACAAACGCGCGUCUGGAUCCGUUUGGCGCAGGUGUGCUCCCCAAAAAUGGUGGGAAUAAAAGAAUAUUUAUAAAUAUGGAUGUCGUGUCACCUGUCCCCUUCCUUUGACAGGGUGGACUUUAAUUAAGAUAAUUCCCGAUACAAGUUUCAAGAUGGAUGCGACCUUGUGGAGGAAAGAAAGAAAGAAAGAAAAAAAAAUAAUCGUAGCUCGAGGAAUAAAAUACUAAACGUCAAAAACUGAAAUUGUCCUUUAUUUUUUUCCCUUUCUUUUCGGGAGACGUGCGCACCUGUUUGCGCGUUUGUACCUGUGUUUGCGUGUGUGUAUGUGUGUGUAAAGUGUUGGCCGAUAAGUGGCGAUCGUAAAAGGAGAGGGGCUAAAUGUUUGCGAAAAAACUUUUCUAAACGUACGUUGCGUGAAAGCUACGAAUAUAUUUCCUCUUACCUGACGCCGAAGGCGAUCCCCAGCGCGACGAUCAACGGCAGCAACGUCGAGAUACACGCUAGAAAAACUGUCUGUAUAUCAGAGAAACCGGCGAGUAUACCUGCAAUAACAUCGUUACAAUCGUGAAAUUAUAGAUUUAUCUGUAAUUUAGAAGGAGAGAGGGGACAAGGUACUCAAGAUCAAGGUAUUAUAUUAAAUUAAAUUCCGUAAAUUGAAUAAUUAAAUAAUCCCGAGAUCGUAGCCGCCUCGACGACUCUCGUCGAGUCGAAAUAUCGAAUCGAGACGCGCGAACAAGCAAGGAUGGAGGGAUGAGGAAAGGGAAGGGAGAAGAGAAUUCUUCGAAAUUCUCCUUUUUUUCCCCCCCCCAACCCCAACCGUGUAUACCGUACACGUGUAUAACCCUAAUCUCGACAAAGAUGACAUUGACUUAACGAGACGAUCGAAGGGUGUAUUCUCGCGUUGUUAUACUCCUCGCUCGACGUCGCGUUCGAAAAUUCCAAAGUUGAAAAGUUCAAUCAUUUUUUCUAAGGUUAAAAAAACACCUCUUCGAUUUCCCUUCGAUUCCUGACCUAACCUUCAACGUUGCAACGAUGCUCCCCGGGGUCGGGAUAACCAUAACGUAUCGCCGAUCUCGUUUCCACUCGAGCCGAAAGCCACGAUGACGAGAGGGCGACGUAACGGGGGGAACUCGUACGCACAAUGAGCGACUGUUCCUCGGAACGAUUGUCACGGAGGAUCGUCGACCAACAGGAAUGGAUUAAUCGUCAUUUCCGCAAAUUGGCGUCCCUUUACAGAAAAUCGCCGUGCCUAUGGAAGAAGGACACGUGGAGCUACUUGAACAGCGGGCAAAGGCAUCGUGCCUACGCCCGGAUCCAUCUUGCCAUGAAUCUGCCCGGGGUAACGUUCGUCGAGAUCGUUUUGAAGAUUCGUGAGAUGAGGCGAUUAUACGUGAACGAGUUGAGAAAUCUGUUGGAGGCGAAAUCGAACGGUUAUUGCUACCAGGUCCAGAUACCGUGGUUCUAUGAAUUGCAUCGAUUUCUCUACCCGUACCUGGAUUACGACGAGGCAGUCGAGUUGCACAAAAUAGACAAAUCUUGCGGCGAGCGCAGAGAAUCGGAAGAGUUUUCACCGAGAUGCAACUGCACUCGAUGCAUAUCGCGUAGAAGCAGCUGCGUGAAAAGCUCCACGUCCGUCUCCCCCCGUGGUUUCUCGAUCAGCUCCCCAGCAAUCUCCUUGCCAAAGAUCAAGACCCACUCUCGAACUUGCUCCCACUCUUGCGGCAGGAUAUCAAACGCUAAGAAACAAAUGGAGAGAUCCGUUUCGUGUAGGAUACGCUCGACCAAUUCCUGCUGCGAGAGAUUGAAACGGCGCAAGGAUUCGUCAGGGGACGAUGAGACGAUGGACAGGCGACAGGAAAAUCAGGAAUUCAGAAUUGUGGGAAUGUACAGCACGGCGUCGAGCAGCUACACUUGCGAGAGCGAGUCGGAUCAAUGGGAUAUAUUCUCCACGACCGUCACGCGUUUCCUGAAAAGAUUGGAGAGACCUUACGCGCUCGAGGCGCAGGCGGAAAUUCAACGAAUCCUGAAGGAGAUGCUGAUGAAAUCAAAGCUCGCGCACAACUGGCCGACAAUUAACAGAGGAGGAACGGGCGUUCCGUUGAAAAAUCAAUGGCCAAUCCGCGAGGAGUCUCUUCGGGAAUCGGGGAGAUGCACGCGCGGAUAUGUGGGGAUACGAGGAUCAAGGCGAGGAUCGAUCGUCGUCGAUAAAGGAUAAACGUGGAGAAGAAGGA